CAUUAGAGGUCAUUGAGAUAAGCAGUUCAAACAUAAUUUGGUCGAACUUCUAAAUAUAUAGGAAUGCUGGUGUUGUGAGCAGCAGUAUCAACUGUGUUGUGUAGUUGUGAAGACGUCAGUCAAUAUGAACAAACUCCUCAUUGUCCUUUUGGCCGUGUGCCUCGUCAGCGUUCACGCUUUCGUGAAACGCGAUGCCCCCGCGGCAGCCCCAUCACCAUCAGCAGACAUUCAACAACAAUUGGAGAAGAUUGCCGCAAGCGCGAAGAGUUUCGGUGAAAAUGUAUCGAAAUCAGUUUCCGAGGCUUUGGACCCCGAAAAGAUAAAACAGCAAUUCAAUGAGAUGGUGAAUGCUGCAUCCAAAGCGAUUGACAGCUUGAAGCCCAAAGAUGCCGCCAAACCCGCUGCGUAAAUGAAAGACUGAUUAUGUUACACAAUAGCAUUAAUUACGUAUUACCUAUGUAUUUCCAUGUAUAAAACUAAGUUCAUACCAAUCAAUCACAGAUCCAUGUUUCCCAAGCUGUAUGUUACAAUCUCACUAAUAUUAUAAAGAUUUUAAAAGCAA